AUGUACUCUGGGACAGUGGCAGACAUCAAUGGCAGGGACGCACUCAUAUACAGCAAACCCAUUCGAACAGAACAACAUGACUCUCUCUGGCUCAAUGAUCCCAGUUUUGUGAGCAGUUUUACGUACGAAAAUAGAAUUUAUUUCUUUUUUCGCGAGACUGCAGUCGAAAACAUUAACUGUGCUAAGACCAUAUUCUCGAGAGUUGCGCGUGUUUGCAUAGAUGAUCCCGGCGGCGAGAGGGUCAUGAAGAACACGUGGACAUCAUUCAGCAAGGUGAGACUCAACUGCUCCGUGCCUGGAGACUAUCCAUUCUACUUCGAUGAAAUUCAAUCGACAACGGAGCUGAACAAUGGAAGCUACAGGUCGACCAUCAUGAUGUCUGACCAGUCAGCGAUGCUCUACGCUGUCUUCUCCACGCCCAAGUAA